GUGGUGCCGCGGCCGUGUCGCCUGCGCUGUUGGAACAAAAAUUAUUUGAUCUUCGCCAAGCUGCCAAAGCAGGAUUUCUCGUACUGCUACAAGAACGAGGUAAGGAUGACAGUAGUCAGGCGUUAGAUGCCGUCCAGGCGAGUGUUCAGUUGAUGGAGGAUAGCCCCUACUUCAAUGCCGGCUUCGGGUCAUCGUUGACCAGUUCGGGUGAAGUUGAAAUGGAUGCGAUAAUUGCUGAUGGAAAGCGACUUGAUUUUGGGGCCAUUUCUUCGGUCACUUCAUUCAAGAACCCAGUCCAGGUUGCCCGUUCUGUUUUAGACUGCUCUGAACACUGCCUCUUCACAGCGGAGGGCGCCCAGCAGUUUGGACAGCAGCAAGGCAUUCCUUUGAUCGAGCGCAGCCAACUGGUUCAUAAAUACGCAAAGGAUCGACUGGAGGAGUUCAAGACCUUCAACAAUGCCAUUUUGUGUGAUCAUGAUGAGGAAAAGAGCAGUGGUGAUCAUGAUACUGUUGGCGCAGUGGCAAUUGACCAGUUUGGCAAUUUAGCUGCGGGCACCUCUACGGGUGGCAUAACCGGCAAGCAGCCAGGAAGAGUGGGCGAUACGCCUGUCAUUGGCUCGGGGGCCUAUGCGGACAAUUUAGUGGGCGCCGUCUCCACGACAGGCCAUGGAGAGGCAAUAAUGCGCGUCUGUCUGGCUCGAGAGGUGCUCUACCGCUACCAGCAGAAUUUGGCGCAAAAUGGCGACAAUGCAAUGCAGGCGGCUGUAGAGCAGUCACUGGAGCUGAUGAGAAAGCGCGUCGACGGCUUCGGCGGAGUGAUUGCAGUGGGCGCUAGGCAAGAGAUUGGCAUUGCCUUCAACACCAAAGGCAUGCCCUGGGCGUACAUCUCCAGUGCAGACCUAGACGGCGAAAAGCUGGCCCAGCUGAAAGCUGACAACAGCUACAAGAUUCAAAUCCACUACGGCUACAAUCCCGGUGACCACGG